CUGCACGGUGUGUGGUUUUUGCUGUAUAGUGUUGUUUUGGGCUAUAAUUCUUUUAUUUUUGUAUUUCUUUUUGCAAAAAAAAACAAACAAACAAAAAAAAAAACAUCAUGUCAGUGGCAUUUGCAGCUCACAGGCAGCGGGGAAAGGGCGACAUCACACCCGCAGCUAUUCAGAAGUUGCUUGAUGAAAACAAUCAUCUUAUCCAAUGUAUAAUGGACUUCCAGAGCAAAGGAAAAACUGCGGAGUGCUCACAGUAUCAGCAGAUGUUGCACAGAAAUUUAGUUUACCUGGCUACAAUUGCAGACUCCAAUCAGAAUAUGCAGUCUCUCCUGCCUGCUAAAUCUGACUCACCCACCACAGAGAUAAAGCAUGAACCUCCUUCACAGAACAUGGCUAUGGGUCCAGGGGGCAUGAAUCAAAGCGGCCCACCCCAGCCCCCGCACGGUCACAGCAUGCCCCCAGAAGGCAUGGUCGGUGGAGGACCUCCUGCCUCUCACAUGCAGAACCAGAUGAACGGGCAGAUGCCUGGACCCAAUCACAUGCCCAUGCAAGGACCUGGACCAAACCAGCCUAACAUGCCAAACAGCUCCAUGAACAUGCCACCUAACAGCCAUGGAUCAAUGGGAGGCUACAACCAUUCCGUCCCAUCCUCACAGAGCAUGCCUGUACAGAACCAGAUUAAUAUGAAUCCAGGACAGCCUAUGGGUAACUACGGCCCUCGACCAAACGUGAACAUGCAGCCAAACCAAGCAGGUCCUAUGAUGCACCAACAGCCACCUUCUCAACAAUACAGCAUUCCUCAGGGAGGAGGGCAGCAUUACCAGGGCCAGCAGAACCCUAUGGCAAUGAUGGCCCAGGUCAGCCAAGGCAACCAUGUAAUGGGACAGAGACCUAUGCCUCCGUACAGACCGCCACAGCAAGGUCCUCCUCAGCAGUACGCUGGCCAGGAGGAUUAUUAUGGGGAGCAGUACAGUCAUGGCUCGCAAGGCUCUGCAGAAGGUAAUUCACAGUAUACCCAACAGCAAGAAGCCUAUCAGCAAGGACCCCCACAGCAGCAAGGCUAUCCACCUCAGCAGCAGCAGCAGCAGCAGCAGCAGUAUCCAGGCCAGCAAGCUUACCCAGGGCAGCAGCAAGGCUAUGGUCCAUCCCAGGGCACCCCAGGACAGUAUCCCAGCUACUCCCAAGGGCAGGGCCAGCAAUAUGGGGGUUACAGACCUCCUCAGCCCACCCAGACACAGCAGCAGAGGCCUUAUGGAUAUGAUCAGGCCAUCAUGAGGAAAUAAGGACCGGUUAUUUGAACCCCUGACUAUAUCUAUAUGACAUGAAGGGGCAAUAUGGGAAUUACCAGCAGUGAGAUACAAUAGUUACAUUCCAUGAGCCAAGGUUUCCUAGCAGCCACGUUCUGCCCUCAGGACUGGAAUAAUUCCAGUAAUGAGAAUCACUAAUUCACUCCUUUUUGUUUUGAAUCUGCAUAAUGGCUGCUGCUUUUUCUGCAGUAGUCUUUGUACCAAGUAGUAUAAGAUAUACGGUUUUUGCAAAUAUCAAGUUGUCUGUUUUCAACACUCUAGCCUACAGUUUGUGGUGCUGAACAAAAACUAAAAAAGACACUCAAGAAAUGUAAGCUAGAGUGGAAUGAAGUCCAGUGUUUUGUAAAAUUAAUGGUCAGUUUGCUGACAUGGUAAAUCAGUCAAUGUGUUUACCCAAGGCAAGUCAACUCAAUGAUAGUCAAAGUCUUCAUGAUAACUCGUUUAAAUAGUUUUUUUUUUUCAUGUGUAUAUGUAUCUAUAAUCAAACUAAAGUGAACCCCAAUAAAGAAUGGGGAUGUAGUGAAAUGUAUAGAAUCCAACACAUUAGUCUCACAGCAGUGAUGCCUUAAGUGUAGUACAAGAGAUAUUUUGUUUUAAUUGAUCAUUACUUCUAACUUUUUUUAUUUUUAUUUUGCCCAGACAAACUGCCUUAUUUCUUAUAUUUCUGUGAAACAUUUGCAUGAAAUAAACAAACUUUUAAAAGAAAGAAAAAGAAACAAUACCACCAGAAUUGUUGGUUAUUUCCAGCCCUUCAAGCAAAAUGUCUUAUAAAGCAAUAAUGAUGUGGAAAAUAACAUUAAGUUUGUCUUGCAUUAAUUUUGAAAGCUGCUAUGUAUAGCAAGGUCAAAAUGUUAACUAAUGUUUAAAUGUAUUUUAAGCUUUUAGAUAGAAAAUGAAUUUGUAUAGUACAGUAAGUAGUGAAUAUUACUUUAGAAUAUGUUUGUUUUUCUUUUUUUUUGUCAGUAUUGAUUUCUACCUGGAAUUUGUACCUGUAGAGACAGUUCUCUAUUUUUGGAAAGACGAUAUUAAGCUAGAAAUUACAUUUUCAGUUUUGGGGUUUUUGUAUUUAAAAGAAAAACAAAAUACCGCUCUGUUGCACCUGUUCUAUAAUAAUCAGUUUCUGUGUCCUGUGCGAUAGUAUAAAACUGAAAAGAUAAACAUGUUUUUUUUUUUUUUUUAA